AUGAAGAAAAGAGAUUUCAAACUUGUAUUAAUAGGAGAUAGUAAGAAAUUAGAUAAAUAUAAGGUGGUGUUGGUAAAUCGUCAUUUGUAUCAGCAAUAUUAAAUUAAAUUUCAAACUAAGAAUGUUUAUAAGAUAAACAUCCACCAAUUAACAUACCAUUAAAUAUUCUUAAUCAUCCUGAAUGUAUAACAAUUUUGAUAGAUACGAAAUGUGCUCCACAUUAAUUACCUGAAGAGAUUUCGAUUGCUGAUGUGAUUUUGUUAAUGUACGCAAUUGAUGAUGAUGGAUCAAGUGAAAGAUUAAAGAGAUUUUGGUUAAAGGAAUUAAGAGAUAAAGGAUAUAAAUAACCUGUAAUAAUAGUAGGAAACAAACUAGAUUUAUUAGGUUAGGAAGAGGAUAAAGAUUAUCAUAGGAUUUUCAAAGUUAUUAAACAAUUAGUGAAAGACUUCAACGUAUUAAAUUGAAUUAAUAUAGUCAGUUGAAAUGGGAAUAGAAUGUUCAUCUUCAAAAAAGUAGGGAAUAUAUGAUGUAAUAAAUUGUGCUUAGAGAUCAUUUCUUUAUCCUUUAGCUCCAAUUUAUAGUAUAGCAGAAAAAUCAUUAACAGAAGGAUUCAAGAAGGCAUUAACUAGAAUUUUUAGAAUUUGUGAUAGAGAUGGAGAUGGUGUAUGGAGUGAUACAGAGUUAGAAAAGUUUUAAAAAAAAGUGUUUAAGAGAUAAUUAGAUUAUAGUGAUAUUGCUGGAAUAAAAGAUAUGAUAGAAGAAGAAUUACAUGAUAAUUCAAAUAAAAGAGUGAUCACUUUAGAAGGAUUUAUAGCAUUAUAAAAAAGAGGAAUUGAAUUAAUGAAGAUUUAAAUCUGUUGGACUAUAUUACGUUUUUUUAGAUAUAGAGAUGAUUUAACUUUAGAUGAAAGUAUGUUUACAAAUGAGUAUUAAUUUAAAAGCAAUUAGAUUAAUAUUUGAUUAGGACGCUGGUCAAACUGUAGAAUUGAGUGAGAUUGCUUUAUCUAAAUUGAGAUAAAUAUUCGAAAUCAGAUCCAAUUCUAUAUAAUAAAAGAACAAUACUAUCGGUCAAAAAUAAUUUGAUGAUAUAUUUUAUCCAGUGAUGUAUAGAACUAAUUUUCCUAAUCUAAAUUAAUAUUAUCCAUAGGAAUAAGAUAUAACCUUAAACCAAUGGUUGGCAAUGUGGAAGUAUUCAAAUCAUGAUAUCCAAGUGCCUUUUCCUUUUUUAAUUACAAAGAAGCCUACAAGUUGUUGUGUUAUAUUGGGAUUGAAAUUAAAUUAUCAGAUUCUUUUAAAGAACAAAAUAGAAAAGAUUCUUGGUCUUCUGUUUAAAAAAAUAUUGAUAGAAAAGUUUUUCAUAUUGCUAUUGUUACUAGAAUUAAACAUGUAAAUUAUAUUUUUUAUCUUUAAGGGUUAACUUGAAAAACUAUUUGUCAAUCUCCCACUCAUUAUUACUACCAUAUAAAAUAAGACUUAUGCUAUAAGUUUAUAUGAUUAAAUUGAAGCUGAAUAAUAAAUAGAAAAAAGAAGGUUAAGCAUUAUAGACUUUUUACUUAUAGAUUAAAACUGCACUUUUGAAACUGCUUAACUUAUUCCCAUAUCUUAAUAUGAUGAUCAAGCAUCAUUUUGGACCUAAAUUCAUUAAGUAAAUGAUAUUUUGCAUUAAAAGUAUUCCAAUCUUAAUUUACUUUUUUAGUCCAUUUGGUUAUUCAGAAUUUUAGAUUCGAUAAUUGAAAAAAUAAAAUAGUUUACCUAUUCUUGAAAUAUUUAGUGUUAUUUCACUUCUAGCUUUUACAUUGACAGGUGGAUACUUUCUAAGUAAAAAGAUAUUACAAAAAAAUAAAUGA